AUGAGAUACGGCACAGUGGAACAUAGACAUUGUGAAUCGAUGUUGGUGUCCAUAACAUCGUUUCAGAAGGCAGUUGACGUGGCGUCCAAUGAAGGAUGUAAAUUUGAUGUUGGCGGCACAAGAAUAAAAAGGCUCACAUACUCACAAAAACCCAAAAUUAAUCGUCUUCAUCGAGAAACCCUAAGUCAUGUUACGCCGUCUUCCGCGUUGGUGGCACGGCUAUCCUCCUCUCAAACCGUCCCUCCGAUCAUCACAAUUGCAAAUGCAAACUCCUCCACACCGUACACACAAACAUAUCGAGUUCCGACCUUUUCGUACAAUUGCAUCUUUCAGGAAGAAGAAGAAGUCGGGAUAAGAGGCGUCACCAUUAUCGAAGACCUUUUCAAAAUUGUAUCCAUUGUCAUCAGAUCGAGCGUAACUACGCUCGAUAAGAGAAUCCUUCCGUUGCAGAAAACUCUAGGGCUUGAUGAGACCGCCAUGGAACCUUCUAGAAUGUCGUUGUACAGGUUGGCAACACCUCGGUCGUUAUCGACAUUUACGUGA